AUGGAGAAGGACAUGGAGGCGGCGUUCUCGUCCUGCGAGCUUCGUUCAGACGAAAUUAAAGUUGAACCAUUAAGAUAUGCUGAGCUCAAUAGGGCGGUUGACAACGCCUUGGAUGCCAACCGUCCGGAUCCCCUCGCACGUUACUUGAUGUAUGAUACUCCAGACGUGCAUCGCUCACUCUUACUUGACGAGCGAUAUAAAGUGAUCUUUGUUCUCGGACUCUCAGAUGCGGUGGGCCGUCGUGUAAUAUACACGGUCAACCACGGCGAUGCUAUAAUCACCUUAGAGCCUGCCCCGAAAGCUGCACCACCGAGAAAACCUCUUGGACGUGUUGCGGUUGCUGUCCGAAGGUUGAUCGUUCGCUACCUGAGACUCUUCAAUUCCAAGGAGCAGAAAAAGCGAUUUAAAGAAUGUGACGAACAACUGGCGGCUACCCUUAAGGCCACCAUUGGUGACCAAAUUGACGACAUGAUGUCCCUGGAAGGUUUCGCCACUGCCCCGGACAAGCAGGGCAGAGGGUACGGGACCGCGCUGGCCAAGCAUGUCUCGGCUAUAGCCGACGCCCAAAGGCGUUCGAUAUGGCUGACAUCCUCCAACGUGGCAAAUACAGGUUUCUACGAAAGCUUGGAUUUUAAGACCGUCGGCGAGUUUGCCUUGGGAAGUAAUAAUACGACAUGGAAGAAGCCGCCCGUAGUCAUUCGGAUUAUGGUCAGGACACCACAAACCGUCGAAGAUGUGGGCGUGAAGUCUGAAUAG